AUGAUCCAUCAUCGCAAUUUGACGCCGAUUCCCGCUAUCCUCGUAUUGCUCUUCCUUGCUGUUGGAUUUCAAUUCUACAGUGAUCUGUUCGCGUUGAUUGAGUUGGCUGGCUUCGCAUUCGCUUUUAUCGCAGCUCUGGCCGUGGCCUCCCUUCUCUACAUGCGAUAUAAGGAGCCCAACGUCAGGACAUCGUUUCAGGUACUUUGA